AACAAGGAAGAUGAAGUGUGCUGAAGGGGAAGAGGAAGAGAGCAGAAACUGGAGAAGAGAAGCCAUAAAAAAAUCACAGAUCUAACCAAACUCCGAUUUCGAUUCCGAUUCCGGGAAUAGACUACCAACAAGAGCAAACCUAAGGAGAAGGAAUGUGCAGCUAGAUGACUACCAUUGUCCAUUUUGUUCGUGUCAUGAGGAGGAAGCGUCCCACAUAUUUUUUGGUUGCCAAAGAAUAAUGCCUUUAUGGUGGGAGAGCCUUGCAUGGACAGAGGUUGUAACUGUGUUCCUUGCAUCACCUAGGGAUCCAGAGAGCUCCAUUUGCGGUGCACGCCGUUCUGGAAGUCUUCGAUUAGGGUUUCCCACUCCUGAGUUGUAAGAGGCUUCGACGGUAGUGGCGCCGCCGCUUUCUGCGCCAUGCCGUUCACGCGGCGUAAUUGCUCUUCACUUACUUCAAGAAGAUACUAACACACGCACGCACGCAAAAUACAACACGUGUUUCACUCACCAGUGCCGGUCCGGGUUUUUGGUCCGGACCACAUUUUUCUGGCCCGGCCCAUUUCCUUCUUCGUUCAGCUUAAUGAUUUUUUUUUUUCAAUUCCCAAAUUAACGCCACAACUCUCUUUCUCAGUUCAAUUGUCUUGAAUUGUUGCUUGACAAACUAAAAAGCCUCUUUUCAGGUGCAUUCUGCUGCUUAGAUUUGAGCAUGUGCGUAGAUUUAGUGUAAUUUCAUCAUGUUAAUGUUCUAUUCUAACACGUGUGUUUGGAUAAGUGGAUGCAGUAUUUUGUAGAGAGUUGUGUAUUUUUUUUUCCUGCACACAAAACUAGGUGAAUUUUCACUUCAACUGGUCCAUGAUGUUCUAUUAUUAUACAAAUUAAAUUGUUCAUGUUUUCUGCAUUCCAGGAAGCAUUGUUGCAAAAGCUUCUUAUCAUUCAAUCAGAGUGCUGCUAUUCGUUUAAGAUAUUUUUCUUUAAACUGAAAUCGGUGUAUCCUUUGGUGCUGUGGGAAAAUAAAAUAAAAAUUAUUCUGUCCACUAUUUGAAGUUCUAUGCUUUAGAAACAAACAAUUGCUACUCUACACAGACAAACAUUUUGUGUGUUUCAAGGAACAUGAGUCAAAGAAAUUAUUCUUUUUGCUCAAUUUGGAGACUACCUGUUAGUUGGUGUGGUGUUGUGCUAUGUUAGUUGUUGUUUGGUAAUAAUAAACAGUAGCCAUUUUACUAAUGUCUAGGUCCAAGAGAAUAUGUAUUGUUGGAUUUGAAUACAUGUACUUAAAUUAAGAUUGAAGGGAAUAAUGUUCCCUCGCCUCAAUUGUAUGCAGGCUGACCAAAAAGUUAGUUGUUUUGGAAAGCUUAGGAGCAUAAACAUGGAAGAAUAUAACAAGAGCAGCGUGAAGAAGGCAAGGUUGAACUCAUUGCUGACAACCUUGCUAGAUGAUCCUAUACUUUCUGAUGUCCCCAAGAACCCAACUUUUGCAGAUGUUGACACUCUCAUCAACCUUGAAUUGGGUAGUGCCAUGCGCAUUUCUGUCCUGAAAUUGGAUGGAACUACACUUGUGAUGAAUUCAGCGACAGUCAAGGAUUUGAAACUUGCCAUCAAGAAGAAGGUAAAUGACAUGGAACAAUCCAGCAUGGGUCACCGCCAUAUUUCCUGGAAGCACGUAUGGGCAAAUUAUUGUUUAUCAUGCCAUAACAACAAGCUCCUAGAUGAUAAUGAAGCACUUCAAAAUUUUGGUGUGCGGAAUAAUUCUCAGGUUCAAUUUGUCUCCUAUGUCAUGACAAAAGAAUCUCGGAGGCACUCGAAGAGGAGAAAGCAUCGUUUUUUUCAUGGCCUUAAUAAGCGUUCCUGAUCAAAAUGAUGAAUGAUAGUAAUUAAGGGGUCUAGAUUAGUUCAUUGAUCAGGGUGUGUGAGCAAGAGUGACUUUAGAAUUACAUCAAAUACCUUAAAUUUUAUGAAAUUGAAAUUCUAUGAACUUAUUCUUACAUUUGUCCAUAUAAGGUGAGUUGGAUAAUUAAAAGAAAAAGAAAAACGAAAAAUGUUGUGAA